CUCCAGUCUUCAGUCUUUAGCCAUCUUUCUCUCUCUCUUUUUUGGCUAGUGCAAAAUACUCGUUUCCAUUGCCAACUUGAUCAUAUUCCAUAGAUCACUACUAAAAGAAACUUAGAUAUUUCUCAAAUUUCCAAUAAAUCUAUCCCUCUAAAACUUAUGGAAUUUGGUCAACGAAUAGCCUUCACCAUUUUCUUGGUGACUUUUCUAGGAUUUUUUCUCUCCAUAUCUCAAUCUUACACCUUCUAUGUUGGUGGCAGGGAUGGUUGGUUCUUAAAACCCAAAGAAGAUUACAAUCAGUGGGCUGGAAGAAAUCGAUUUCAGAUUAAUGACACCCUCAUUUUUAGAUACAAGAAAGGCUAUGAUGAUGUUCUGGAAGUAGAUAAAGAUGAUUACUACAACUGUAACAAGGAAAACCCCUUUUUAGCUCUCAAAGAUGGGGAAUCAGUGUUCAAGUUUAACAGGUCCGGUCCAUUCUUUUUCAUUAGUGGUUAUGCAGAUAAUUGCCAGAAGGGUCAGAGGCUUAUCAUUGUCGUUUUGCAUCCAAGAGGUAAUCCUACCAAUGCUCCAUCACCAGUUGCGGCCAAUCCUCCCUCUCCUUCUCCUUCUCAUUCUCCCUCUUGA